UGAGGGCACAGUUCUUGAUUAUUCAGAUUUUUUUAAUAUUAUUAUUCUGAAUUGAUUUAUAAAUCAUUUAUUUCAUUUAUUGGCUCUGAAAUAGUGCGUGCCUGGUGAAUUGAUAAAGUGGCCACACCCUUUUAAUUUGGUAUUUGAUGAGACUGGAUUUUUUUUUUUUUAUACAUACAGGCAGUUCAUUUUGAGAUUACGUAAGAGGAGAGUCUGUGAGUAGAGAUAAGGCAGAGUCGUUUUGAAUGUACGUAUGUGCAUGAGAUAACCAGGAGCUGAGAUCACAACAAUAAUUGAUACUCUUUAAAAGUUACAUUUCCCAAGGAUUUAAACAAAUAAAUAAAGAUGUACUCUACAAUCCUAGACGUUUAUGGUUUAACACAAUCAUAAAAAGUUUUUUUUUUUAUUAUAACAUAAAAAGGGGGUGUAUGUUAUGCUACAAGUGUUUUGCCACCUGCAUUAAAACAUUCUCUUACUUCAAGAGCGAUGCAAACGUGCAAAAUCCCUACAGCGUCCUGCCCACAAGAAGUUCCAGCCAAUCAAAUGAGCACUCUUGUAUUGGCGAUGCAACCCGAUGACAUAAAUAGUGUCGACAAGAGUGGAAAGGUAUGAUUCUUAUUCCUAACGGAGAAAAAAAAAAUCAUAAACCGACAGCAUGGUUGUGUGGACUGACCAGGAGCGUGCCUACAUCCAGGACAUUUUCAGCAAGCUGAAUUAUGAGGAAGCUGGCCCCAAAGCUUUGCAGAGGACCUUGAUUGUGUAUCCCUGGACCCAGCGGUACUUCACAAGUUUUGGAAACCUGUACAAUGCAGAGGCCAUCAUGUCCAAUUCAAAGGUGGCAGCCCACGGAGUUGUUGUGCUCCAUGGGCUUGACAGAGCCAUGAAGAACAUGGAUGAUAUCAAGAAAACCUAUGCCGAACUGAGCGUGCUGCACUCUGAGAAACUGCACGUGGAUCCUGACAACUUUAGGCUUUUGGCUGACUGCCUGACCAUUGUGAUUGCGGCGACUAUGGGUACCUCUUUCACAGCUGACGUGCAGGCUGCCUGGCAGAAGUUCCUCGCUGUUGUUGUCUCUGCCCUGUGCAGACAGUAUCAUUAAGACCUCUAACAUAUGGGGGAAAACAUUGUAUGUUUUGGUCUCUAACACAAUAAAGAGGAAUUGAUACGCAUCUGAGCCAUGUGUUUAAACUGAUCAUUAAAUGUAUCAUUAAAUGGAUAGUUCACCC